UGUACUCCAUUAAUGGCUGAUUCUGCAGAAAAUGAUGAGUUCUUUGCAGGGAGAUGCACUCUUGUAAAUGGCCCUGUCAUUGUAGGGGCGGGUCCUUCAGGAUUAGCAGUGGCUGCAGGCCUUAAACAGCAAGGGGUGCCCUUUAUAAUCCUUGAGCGCACAAACUGUAUUGCUUCUUUAUGGCAAAACCGGACCUAUGAUCGCCUUAAACUUCAUCUUCCCAGACAGUUUUGCGAGCUUCCAUAUUUCCCAUUCCCAAAAGACUUCCCGGAAUACCCUACAAAAUGCCAGUUCAUCGAGUACCUUGAGUCCUACGCUAAGCGGUUUCAGAUCAGCCCAGUAUUCAACGAGACAGUGCAGUCGGCUAAGUACGAUGAAAGCUGCGGGCUUUGGCGAAUCAAGACGGUGUCGGGUGAUGAUUGUUGUGUGAGUGAGUACAUCUGCCGGUGGCUGGUGGCGGCGAGCGGCGAGAACGCCGAGAAAGUCGCGCCGGAGUUUGAGGGGAUGAGGGAUUUCGGCGGCCCUGUCAUGCAUGCUUGUGAGUAUAAAUCGGGAGAGGAUUAUGAAGGGAAGCGUGUUCUGGUAAUUGGGUGCGGAAAUUCCGGCAUGGAAGUUUCCUUGGAUCUUUGCCACCAUAAUGCAUUUCCAUCAAUGGUGGUUCGCAGCUCAGUUCAUGUUUUGCCGAGGGAAAUUCUGGGGAAAUCGACGUUCGAGCUAGCGGUGGCGAUGAUGAAAUGGCUGCCGGUUGGGGUGGUGGACAGGAUACUUGUGGCCGCCGCAAGAAUCAUUCUGGGAAACAUCGAAAAGUACGGUCUGAAAAGGCCAGAAAUUGGCCCUCUGCAACUGAAGAACAAUGAAGGGAAGACCCCUGUGUUGGACAUUGGGACACUGCAAAAGAUUAGAUCUGGGGAAAUAAGGAUAGUCCCAGGAAUCAAGAAGUUUUCGCCUGGAAAAGUGGAGCUUGUUAAUGGGGAAAUUCUUGAGAUAGAUUCUGUAAUUCUGGCAACUGGGUAUUGCAGCAAUGUCCCCUCCUGGCUAAAGGAAAAUGAUUUCUUUUCAAGAGAGGGGUUUCCAAAAAGCCCAUUUCCAAACGGGUGGAAAGGCAAAUCUGGGCUCUAUGCUGUUGGUUUCACAAGGAGAGGUCUCUCUGGUGCUUCUCUGGAUGCCAUUAGAGUAGCACAAGAUAUUGGCAAAAUCUGGAAACAAGACAUUAACCAGAAAAAUCAAUCUGUUUCUGUUGCAGUUGCAUGUCAAUGCAGAAGCAAGGCCCAUUUUUAGCAUAUGAUCACACAGCUGCUCUUUCGGGAACGGGGACCGGUACUUAAGUUGAGACCAAAUUUACACUCUGAACUAGCUUUUUCGGGUGAAAUUUGGGUAUCCGCUUGAGUGUCUGUCAAAACUUCGUUCCUAUUGUGUUCAUUCUCUUUUCUUUUCCUGUAACCUACUGUGCAAGUGACAAAUUAAACCAUAUAUACUGACCCCCAAAAAAAAAAAAAAGAAUUGUACCAAGAGAGAAAAUGACAGAUAAAACAGAGAGCAGCCCUCUCCAGAAAAGAUCUAAACAUAGCUUUGGGUAUUUUUUGUAGGAUGAAGAGGCUUUUCCUUUCCCCAGCAUUCCAGUUCCAAGAAAUUUUGUACAAAAUGUUGAAUGAUGUGCAAUAC